GCAGCCUAUGGAUGCAGUCUCCGGUGUGGAUUUAAUUGGUUGUUACACGAAGAAUGCAUGGAAAUGCCUCGAGAGAUUAUGCAUCCUAUCCAUCCGUCUCACCCUCUCACACUCCAUCUAGGAAACAUUCUUGGAUCAAGAAAAUGUGCAUUUUGUGAAGGGGAUAUGUUAGGGUUAAGCUACAGAUGUAGCCAUGGGGGCUGUAAUGGAUUGGUGAUACACUUGAGAUGCGCGGCGGGGCUUAAAGAUAACAAUGAAACGCAGCUAUUUAUGGACCACCCAAGCCAUCCCCAACAUCAGUUACGGUUUUCAAAGAAGACAAGGUGGUGCCCAUUUCCCUGUGAUGCAUGUGGUGCCACUGAGAAAGGGGACUCCUACACAUGCACCCUUUGUGAUUACUCCAUACACCAGCGCUGCGCGCUCCUUCCUGAGUCUAAGAACUUCCCUCUUCACCACCACUCUCUCUCCCUCGCCUUUUAUCCUCCCCGUGAGUACGUCCAAGAUGAAUUUUUUUGUGCUAUAUGCAACACAACUUUGCAACUGAGACGUUGGGUCUAUCAUUGCCAUCUUUGCAGCUAUAUCGUCCAUAUCAACUGCGCCACCAACUCAUCAUCCAUGUUUGGUGAUGAAAAUGAAAAUGCAACUGAGGAUGAGAAAGAGGUUACCAAGUUCCCAGUAGCAGUAGAUGACAUGUAUGAGGAGAUGAUCAGACCCUUUGUUAAGCGAGAAAGUGGACAACUUUCCAUCCCUUAUGGCGAUCAUGAUAAUCAGAACAUUGGUGGCAAGUACAGGUUCUUCGGUCACACUCAUCAUCUACUAACCUUCACUACAUUUUCUUCAGCUUCAUCAUCUUCUCCAUCAUCAUCUCAUCAUUACUGCAAAAUAGAUGAUGAAGAAGAUCAUGAUGAAGAUGAUUUUGAAAGUAUUACAAGAUCGGAAAAAAUAUGUGAUGGGUGCACAUUGGCUAUACAUGAAAAGAAGCAAACAGAUGACGAUGGGUAUGAGAGUGGUUACAUGAGUUGUGAUGAAUGCAAAUACUUUCUCCACUUGUCCUGCUUCAACUUACCACUUGAGAUCCCCUCUCUUCCUGUCCAUUCUCUCAAAGAUCACAACCUAAGGCUUCAAAAUGGUAGCAAGCUCGCAGGUUGGACAGUCUGUGGAAUUUGUUAUGCUAGGACGAAUGGGCUCCAUUACGCUUGUACUAGCUGCAAUUUCAACAUAGACAUCAAUUGUGCUUCUCUGCCCAUCACUGUAAAACAUGCAGCUCAUCCACGACAUAAUUAUCUCAAGCUAGUCAUGAAGGAUGAUACCGGGUCUAACGGUUUCUGUGUUAGCUGUUAUAUGUCUACAUCUGUAAUAGGGAAGAGACAUUACAAAUGCAAUAGCUGCAGAUUCUGUGUGUGUGUCACAUGUCUGAAGCUACCGACAACAAAUAAGCAUAGAAUGGAGAAGCACUUGUUGUCGUUGACAUAUGAUGCUUAUGUUAACCGUCCUGGUGACUUCUACUGCAGCAGCUGCGAAAACCAUAUGAACCGCAGGAGAUGGAUGUAUUAUUGUCGAGACUGCGAUCAGUCCUUUCAUCCCAAAUGUUUUCCUGCUACGUCAGGCUGGUACAGAAACAUCAAAUUUGGGACAGAGCAGUAUGUGAUUUCCAGUAUUCAUGACCACCCUCUUAUAUUUCAAAUCAUAACCAACAAAAUGGCAUGUGACCUAUGUCAUUACUAUUACUAUGAUGAGCCUGGAUUUCAAUGUGCAUCAUGCUUCUUUGUAGUGUGCAAAUCCUGCGGUAUCAAAAACAUGGAUGAUGCCCAAAAGUCCAUCUGAUUCACGUCGAAUCAAAUUUCUCUUUUAAUUGGGUGUUUAAUCAUACUAACGAAUUUGUGGCAGAGGAAACUUCGAAGGCAUGUGCAGCAUUUAUUGCAAUAGAAUUUUACCAAUUUCAUAGUACAAGAUGGUGGCUUCAUUCUACAUGUGUGGAUUUCCUCAAUAUUCGUGAUUAAAUGAUCUUGUGCCUCGAUUUAAUGAUCCAAAACGAUAUCGACUUUUUUUUUUCUUGAGACUGAAUGUCGAGGAACUAUGAUAACUCGGAGAAGUUGGUCGGAGCAGUUCUAAAGAGAGAAGAGUUCCGGCAGCUUGCACUCCGCGACAGCUCUACUGCCUCAAUUUCAACUGAUUUCAGCGCACGUCCCAGCUUUGAUUCCGAUGCUCCUCACGGUAUUGAAUGAUUUAUUAUGAAUUUGAGUUUCUCUAUUUUGUUAUGUG